AUGGCUUCCAAUUGUAGUUCUGCCGGGGAAGUUCACCCCAAUAAAUUGGUUGUUAAAGUAUGGGAAACUUUCGCAAACGCUGCAUCUAGUCUUUGCCAGUUAUACAAGGGAAAAAUAGAUCGUUGUACUGAUCUUCAGAGCUUAUUGGAAACACUAUCGUCAAUAGAAAGGUUUUACCAAGCUUCUCAAAAGUCUUUAGAAGCCUCACUAAGCCAUGGAAAAAGUGUCGGAUCAAAAUAUCUACGCCUUCAUUUGCGAGAUUUGGCCUACCGAAAUGUCCAAACUGCUGUAGCGCACAAUGGAUUGGAGGUUUAUGUGCCUCUAGAGUCACUUUUAAUUAGAAACCAAGAAAGAUACCAUGGUACAAGCAAUCUACCGAGAAAGCGUCCGAAUCACUGUGCUUAUUGUCCGCGUAGAUCGAAGCGCAUCGCCCUACAUCAUUGUGACCAUCGGCGUUCCCAGUGCAGACGCUCCAAGAAAAAAGCAUCACUAUUUCCAGUUAGCAGUACAAUCUCAACGGAUAAAUGCUUGUAUAAUGUGGUUGAAGAUCUGAGUGGCGACGAUACAGUGGGACACGAAGGUGAUAUAAUAGGUUCUAUCAAUUGUAAUUCAGAAGCCUUCACUCCUACUAUGGGUUCGCUUCCCAAUCAUCCUGCUGUUUCAAAAUUAGUUCUCGAUGGGUUGAGUCAAGGGAGAAAACGUCGUCAUUUAUUUCCACCUAGUUAUCAAACAGGCAGUUGUAACCACAAUGGAAACAAUUACAACGAAUCGAUUGAUCAUGAUCCCUUCGAUGACUUCCAAGAUGCUGUGCAAGUUAUAAAUCUUCUUGAUCCGCUAUCCAGAUUUUCAGUAACUAGUAAACGUCAAAGAAUUGGAACUCCCACCUCCCCCAGAAGUGACUCGAACAUUAUCUAG